CACUGCAUAGAGGGCCAGAUAAGAGGAAGUGGAGGACACUCUGGGGACGGCAGCUGAGAUUCUGUGAACUGGCCAGGGAGCUCCACGCAGAGUGGUCAGCAGGACAAUGCGGGCCCACUCUUUCCCAGCCCCUAACCACACCAGCUAACUCACCGGGGGUCAUCUGCAUUCUACUGUCUUGGACGAGAGCGCCGACCCAAGAUGUGCCUCGGGACGCUAUGGGUGGUCCUGUCUGUGUUCUCCCUGCUGGCCUGCUCCGGGCAGGGGAAACCACUGGAGAGCCGCGGGCAGAUGCCAGCUGGGGCAGACGCUCGCCGCACGCUGGGAGGGCCCGGAGGUGAGCAGGGGGCUACCUUCGACCUGAGGAUGUUGCUGGAGAACAUGAAGGCGGAUUUUCUGCGCAGCCUCAACUUGAGUGGGGUCCCUUCCCAGGACAAAACCCGAGUGGAGCCGCCACAGUACAUGAUCGACCUGUACAACAGAUACACCAUGGACAAAUCGACCAUCCCUGCAUCCAAUAUCGUGCGCAGCUUCAGCGUGGAAGAUGUUGUCUCUCUAACUGCCACAGAAGACUUCCCCUUCCAGAAAUACAUCUUGGCCUUCAACAUCUCCAUUCCCAGGCAUGAGCAGAUCACCAGGGCUGAGCUCCGACUCUACAUCUCCUGUGAAAAUCACAUGGACUCUUCUUAUGACCUGAAAGGCAACAUGGUCAUUUAUGAUGUUCUGGAUGGAGCAGACACGUGGGAUGCUUCUGUGGGAACCAAGACCUUUCUGGUAUCCCAGGAUAUUCAGGAUGAGGGCUGGGGGACCUUUGAGGUCUCCAGUGCCGUGAAGCGGUGGGUCAGGGUAGACUCCACCAAGAGCAAAAAUAAACUGGAAGUGACUGUGGAGAGUCACAAGCAGGGCUGUGAUAGGCUGGAUAUCAAUGUCCCCCCAGGCUCCAAACACCUGCCCUUCUUUGUUGUCUUCUCCAAUGACCGCAGCAACGGGACCAAGGAGACCAGGCUGGAGCUCAGGGAGAUGAUCAGCCAUGAGCAGGAGAGUGUGCUCAAGAAGUUGUCCAAGAGCAGCCUGGCAGAGGAAGGUGAGAACAAGGAUGAGGAGGAGGACAUGGAAGGCCACGUGGCCAUGGGGUCAUCUUUAGCCAGAAGGAAGAGGAGUGCUGGAGCCAGCAACCACUGCCAGAAGACCUCCCUGCGGGUGAACUUUGAGGACAUUGGCUGGGACAGCUGGAUCAUCGCACCCAAGGAGUACGAUGCCUACGAAUGCAAAGGUGGCUGCUUCUUCCCCCUGGCUGAUGACGUGACCCCGACAAAACAUGCCAUUGUGCAGACACUGGUACAUCUCAAGUUCCCCAUGAAGGUGGGCAAAGCCUGCUGUGUGCCCACCAAACUGAGCCCCAUCUCAAUCCUCUACAAGGAUGACAUGGGGGUCCCCACCCUCAAGUACCACUAUGAAGGGAUGAGUGUGGCAGAGUGUGGGUGCAGGUAAUGCUGGCCCACGGGCGGGAGGCAGGGUAGAGGCAUCCUGAUGAGAGGUCCUGUGUUCUCAUGGGCAUGACAGGGACCAAGCCCAUCCGCAUGCCAGCCUGGAGCAGGAAAAGGAGCCCCCACAUCCUGGAGGUAAAGGCCUGCUUUCCCUCUCAUGGCCCACCCCAAGCACAUAGCACAUGUGCAGAGGAAGGUGAUGGCAGGGACAGUGGGGGCUCAGGGAGAAGAGGAAAGCCUGGAAGCAUUGUUGGACUGGAAGGGGAGAUGAUGAAAAGGGAACAAGGGAAAAAUAAUUCAGAGUCAGCAGAAAAAUGAGCAGAAGUGAGGCAGAGGGGCAUAGACAGUUGAUGAGCAGAGAUGCAUGGAUAUUAAAGGAGGUGAAAAGGAUGGGACUCACUCAAACAAUCUCAGGGAGAGAGGGGGCCAGAAACAGCUGAAUACUCCUCACACAUCAUAUCAUGGGUUCCCUCAGCCCAGAGAGAUGGGCGUUAGGACUCCCAUAUUACAUAUGCAGGAACCGAAACUCAGUCAGGUCAAAUGACGCUAGCCAUGGCAUGAUCCCAGCCCACAGGCCUCUGUAGGUCUGCCAAUCACCAAAGCCCAGGACCUUCCCAAUUCCCCAUUGCUGUUUAGCAGCACCUUGCAGCUAAAGAACAAUUAGACAUUGAGAGGUGGGGAGUGUGGGGCAGCUGGGCUCAGACCUGGCCAGUACCCACCAGGAGGGCUGGUCUGCUUGUCACUUCCAGGGCACAUUCUUAUUGCUUGGGGUUUGUGCUGAUUCAGUGUCCAAAUGCUUUUUAAGAUGAUCCUUGAGUCACUGAAAAACUACCCCCAAAGCCAACUGUAGGAUGGAGAGAGCACAAGAAGCCCUCAGGCCCACUGUGCUCUGUGGUAGUACUUUGACCACCUGGCACAUUGCUUGUAUGGUCAGCAAUUCACAAAGGGCCAUGCACUGCCCAUGGACUCAAACUGCAAGAUAGCUUGGGAAGAGCGGGCAUGAUUUACCAUGAGGGAAGGGGCAGCGUAUGGCUCACAUCUCUCCAGCUACUUACUCAGUGUGAUCAGCUCACCAGCAUGACACACCUGUGGACUUCCUUCCCACAAGGACUCCACAGGAGACAGGAUUUAGGUUUGAAUUGGUUGGAAUAAAUAUGGUCUUGCUUUCUUAUUUGCAACAUUCCUAUUUUUACUCCCUGAUGACAUGUACUCAAGUGACAACAACCAUCCUUCCUGGGCAAGGGCUCCCGGACAUGAGGAACUCAGGUCCCUGUUGGGCACAGCCAGCUCUUCCUACAUUCGUCAGCUGUCCUGAGAAGUGUGCGUUCAGCCCCUGUCCUGGGCAUGGGCUUCCCAACUGAACUCAGCCCCCAUCGUCCCCAAGAAAGGACAGAGUUUCUGUUUCCUCUACAUUUUCUCUUUUCUUCUGACUCUCAAGACCAUACAUGGAAUGGGCUAGAGUGAGGAAGAGUCUAGAGGUGUUGUUAAAGAUCCUACUUUGUGGCCCUUCUGACCACUGGCCAGAGCAGAGCCUAUAGGAGGCCUAGAGAUACCUGGGCUUUUCACACUAGUUGAAGCUCCCAGUAUAUUAAAAAAAAAAGAGAGAAUUGGGGAGUGGUUUGUGUUAAAUGUUUACGUGGAACCAAUGAACAGCCAACUGCUCAUGGACGAUCAUUAACACAAAAAUACAAGGGAAUAUUACUGUUUAAUUACUGGAGUUACAGAAAAUGUUAAUUGUUGGUACGACAAUGUUACUCAGUCAUAAAGAUGGAUGGCAUUUUAGCCCUGGUAGUAUACUUCUGUGCCUGCAUCAAAGUUUCACUUGGAAAUAAAGUCAAAUAUCUAAUUUGUGGCC